GCCUGUGCUGCAACUGCGGUCGAUGAGAGCGAGGUGUGUGUGAGUGAAGAAGUGUGAGUGGAAAGCGUGCUCUGAAAAGGGUCAACUGGCGUGAGUGUAUGAGUGAAUGCAUAAUUUGUCGUAUAAGGUAGAUUAGAGUUCUAUUUUGUUACAUGUCCUUAUCUUCCAUCCCAGUGUUAUUUGCUCAUUGUACAGUCGAGUUUCUUGAACAGAAUCUCGUGGCAGCUUCCAGUUAGCAAACAGCCUCAGUUAAAUUACGGGUGCCAACAUUGUUCCAGAUUUCAGCAGUUUCUUGUAAAGAGUCCUUGACAGUUUGUAGACAUGUCCGUGAGCAGCCAGAAGACCACCACCAGCCGUGCCAUUCCGGCCACCAGACGAGUGACCAUCAACGAUGCGGCCCAUAUGCCACAUGAUUACUCCACUACGCCUGGAGGGACUCUGUUUAGCACAACGCCAGGAGGAACGCGCAUCAUCUACGACCGCAAGUUCCUCCUGGACUGCCGCAGUUCCCCGCUGGCCCGCACGCCCCCCUGCUGCCUCCCUGACAUUCCAGGGGUGACCAGCCCCGCCAGCGGCAACAGCGACUCGGCCAACGCUCAGCCGGCCCUCAACAACAACCACCAUAGCCAGCCUGCCGAGAAGGGUGCAGGGGAGGAUGCCCAGUUUGAGAUGGACAUCUAAAUUCGCAUUGGCGCCCCAGGUCAACAGGGGGGUGAUGAUCGAGGAGCCCCUUUUAUCUUCCCUCCCGAUUGAGAAGAUGACUUUUCCAGAAGACACCAACUCAGACCAGGGGGGGUAGCGGCGGGGAGCCUCUUUCUCCCAUCCCAUCCCAUCCAUCUUGAUAACCCCAGUGUUAAAACACUGCUGUGCCUAAAUGCUGUAUCACUAUUGCUGCGCACCAGAGGUGUCCGGCCAGUUUCAGUGUCAUCACUGACACGUGUCUUUUGUCAACAAAUACUUCUGCUGUUGAUGUCCAACAUGUGCUCCAAGUGCAUUGUUUUCUUACUUGUUGACUUAACCAGCUGAGGCCAUUUGGAAUGUUGCAGAGGUCAUUGACACUGUAUGGGCUGACCUUCUGUGUAAGGUAGUCAAGCGUUGUACAGAAUUUUCUGGAAGCUCUGUAUUCCAACCAAGCGCCAUCACCUAAAAAGUGCAGGGGAUUUUUGUUGUUGUUUGAAAGUGGCCUUGGUUUUUCAGAGUUUUCACAGAGGGCCCUCCCUUAUGACUGGGAAGCAAUGCCUUUUGUAUUAUUAAUAAUAAUAAUGAUGAUGAAAAUCUGAAUAUUUCUGUUCUUUUGGAAAGCGUUUUUUCACAAUGUCAUUCAUGAGAAUGUAAUGUCUUUAUUUUUUAUUUGUAAGAUGCGGUGAAUCUCUGCACUCUGGGAAAGACACCUUGCUGAUAAAGUGAAGUUAAAAAAAAGCACUCAAAUAAAUAAAAAACAAUCUAACGUCA